GUGCGAACAGGUCAUGAGCAGGUACUCCUGCAUGGAACAGGACACAAAGGAGAUCUUGGCCGAUGCAAUAAUCAAAAGCUAGAGCCGUGGUGGCUGCGCUUGGAAAACACCGUCAGCGCGAAUACCGGCGGAAGCUCGUUUUGCUAUCGCAACUAGCCAGCCAUGUCCCAAUGGCUUCAACGACACUCCUCCACGACAUUCCAGCUCGGGCUGGCCGCAGCUCUCGGAGCCCUCGCGGCUACAUCAGUCAUUUUCACAGCGACAGCAAUUCAACGUCGGAGAGCGACCGAAGAGCUCAAAGCCUCAAUACCAGACCUAUCACGCAAGCACCAUGCGACGCAGCUGACGGAGUAUGGCGGCGCCAUGCGCGAGAGCAUAACAAAUAAAGAGGACGAGAGAUCCGCAAACAUCGCCGCGAAAGCACGGAAGGGUCACUACGACGAAGAACUCAUACUAGAACAACUCGCACGGAACAGGGUCUUCCUGAAAGACGAAGGCUUAGCGAAGCUGCGCAAUGCUUUUGUCGUGGUCGUCGGACUCGGCGGUGUGGGAAGUCACUGCGUAGCAGCACUUGCUCGAAGCGGCGUGUCGCGUUUACGAAUCAUCGACUUCGACCAGGUCACGUUGAGCAGUCUGAACAGACACGCCCUAGCUACCCUGGCGGACGUCGGUACUCCGAAAGUGCACUGCAUAAGAAAGAGACUGGAACAAAUAUGUCCGUGGGCCAGGAUAGACUGCCGAAAUGAGCUGCUGAGCUCACAGUCGACGGAGGCACUACUUGGAGUUUGGGACUACGAACUUCAAGACGAGGAAGAUCGCUCAGAGCCGGAUUUUGUGGUCGACGCGAUCGACAACAUCGAUACCAAGGUCUCAUUGUUGCAAUAUUGUGCGCUACGAAGCAUUAAAGUGAUAAGCGCUAUGGGUGCGGGUUGCAAAAGUGAUCCGACACGGAUACAGGUCGGAGAUAUUUCGACCAGUAUCGAAGAUCCCUUGUCCAAGUCCACGCGGCGGAGACUGCGGGUCAAAGGAAUUAAGGACGGCAUUCCUGUCGUCUUCUCGACUGAAAAGCCAGGAGAGGGCAAAGCUGAGCUACUUCCCAUCGCAGAUGAAGAGGUAGAAAAAGGGAACGUGGACAAACUCGGUGUUCUUCCCGAGUUUCGGGUCAGAAUUCUGCCUGUUCUGGGAACGAUGCCCGCUGUAUUUGGGUAUACGGUCGCGAACCACGUCAUUUGCAGCAUUGCUGGAUAUCCGAUGGACUAUCGGGUCGGCGAGAAAGGGCGGGAGAGAAUGUAUGAUGGCAUACUCUCAGCCUUGCAGGGCUUGGAAGAACGCCUUGUGCGCUCCACGCCCGGUCAAGAGGCCGUCGGCCUGCGGGUACCAGUCAGUCGAGACGAUGUGGCGUACCUGGUGGAAGAGGUCUUCCGGGGUAAGAGCGUGGUUUCUGGGCUUGGAAACCGCCUUGCCCUGAUCAGAUGGCGCAAGCCUGCUGAAGGCUUUCGAGUGGAAGAUGCGUAUUUGAAAGAAGGGCAGAAAAUGAUUAAGCUGCCUAUGGCAGAUCUAGUCCUGAUGACUAAAGAGGAAGCGCAGAAGCACGAGAAGCAAGUCCUGCUUGGGGACUCGGCGUCAGAGGAUGUGUAUGAUCCGCCCGUCGUCAAUCUAGUCGAGAAAAGACAUCGCGAAGAGCUGGCUUAUGAGAAAUAUAGAUGAUAUGAAGACUCGAAUGAAAGAAGAAUUCUGCUCCUGCCUAUCAACUAAG